AUGGCUGGCGGCUCUCCGAUCGACCGGCGCUGGCCGCGGCAGGUCGCGCCGGACCUCGAGCGCGAAGCCUCGCGACUCCUGCGCUGGGCCCAAGAGGAGGCCUGGGGAAGCGGCCAGGAGGCGAGCCGAGGCCUGCAGCCGAAUCCUGCGAGCGACGCGCCCCUGCGCCCAAACCCGUCGCCUGCGCAGGGCUCCUCCGUGUUUGGCGGCCCGCAGGAAGACCCGUGGGAGGCGAUCCUGGCCACUGGCGAUGAGAACUUUGUAGAGGUGCCGACGGUGCUCUUGGAGCGCCUGCGAAGGGCCGGGGAGGCACAGCUAGCCGAGAUAGCAGAGCUUCGUGGGCAGCUUGCGCAGCUGCCCUAUGUGGAGGACGAGAUCCAUCAGAUGGAGCAGGAACUCGCUGAACUGCAAACGACGAUCGUGGUGAACACGAACGAGAUCGAGCUGCGAAACAUGGAGGCCGAGUCCAUAGGCCUCGAGGCCGCUCGCUUGGAGGCGACCAAGGUGGAGAGAAAGGCUCGCCUGGAGUCCCUGAAUGCCCAGGCCGGCGAGAUCGAGUUCUGGCUUGACGCCGCAGGGCACGCUCCCGUCGGUCCCGAGGUGCGGUGCCUGGGAUACAAGGUGAUGACCAGGUUGCAAUCCGACGCACAUCGGUCGGAGCUGGCGGAUUUCUUCCAUCGCCUGGACCCGGCAGGUCCGGCAGGCGGCCGUCUCUUCACAGAGGCGGAGGUGCAGGCUGCAGCGGCCAAUCCGAAAAGCGGCUUGCCGAGGGCAGUGCGAGGGCAGCUCCUAGAUGUACUGCGUGCCUCCGGCGCCGAAGCUGGCCCUCGACCCGCUGCAGAGCCGGAGACGUCGGUGCCUGCAGUUGGAAAGCCUGGAGAGGACAGCGUCCCAGCCGUGGCAGCAGCCACUGCCUCACCCGAUGAUGCCGAGCAGAGUGAUCACUCCAAUCCGGAGGGGUCAUUCACGCUGCCGGAGUGGAGGGACUUCUUCCGUGAAGAAGGCUCAUUCAGCACGGAGGAGUGGAUGGAGGUGACUGGCGCCCUCGCCGACCUCACCUGGUCUAGCCAGAAGAUGACCCUUGUGCAGCUGAGGAGCGCCCUCAGCGCGGAGUCCAACAUGAAGCCUGCUCUGAAGGCCAAGGUGUUAGAGCUUCUGGCCGAUGAGAGCGGUGAGGACAAGGAGACGGCGGAGAAGGAGUCGGAGGACGCAGAAGAAGACGACGGCUUUACAAAAGAAGAGUGGAUGGAGUUCUUCAAGGAAGACGGGGACAUCAACAAAGAGGAGCUAAAGGUCCUUGAUGGGCUCCUUGAGAAGAUGGAUGUCUCCGGCGACGGCCGAGUCUCUUCGGAUGAGAUCAAGGCGGCGCUGGCGCGCAAAGAUUUGGAAAUGCCAGAGGCGAUCCGCUCCAAGCUUGUGGAGUUCAUGAAGGACGUAGUGAAGUUGGCUGGAGAUAGUGCGCAGUUGCUCGUGGCCGUGAUCCAGGUCAAGGUGGAGAUCGUGUGCCGAUCAGAGCCGACGGAAGCUGAUGUCUCUGAGGAGGCACCACACCAGCAUGGCGGAGUGCGAGCGGCUGCAAGCUUGUUCCUGCGCAUCGGCAUGGAGUGGUCAGCAGCUCAGACGGUAUCUCCGGCGGCCGGUCCCUCUGACGCCCUGGCGGUGGACAUCGAGGCACUCGGCCAGGCACUUCAGGUCGUCGAGCAGAAGAACUUGGAGUACAUGAACAGGAUCCACAAACAGGAAACCCGUGAGCAGCAGCUCAAGGGCGAGAACUCCACGCUGCAGGAGGAGGUGGAAUCCAUCCGCUCCGAGAUAGACGCUUUGCGGAAGCAGCUGGAGGGUGACGAAGAGAGUCGGACGCAUUUCGAACGAGCUCGAAGCCAAUUGGAGAUGACCAUCGAGUCCCUCGAGGUUCAGGUGGACACUCUGAAGAAGGCGUUGAGCACUGCCGAGCGUGCCAACGAGCAGCUGCAGGACGAGAACCGAACCACCGCAGAUAGGUGUCGCGAGACGGCCGACAAGGUCUAUGCUCUGAUGGACUCCUUGCGGCUGAACCAGGUGGAGCUGAAGAAGCUGGAGGCGGAGAACGCCUCCAGGGACAAGAAGCUCUUGGCCCUGGAGCGGCAGACGCAGAACCUGCAGGCAAAGAUCACCAUGGAGAUCGAUGCCAAGGUCUUAGCCGAGCAGGAGCGCAAGGAAGCCGAGCAAGAGGCGGUGGUGCUGAAAAAGAAGAACAAGAAGAUAGAGGACAACGUGACUGUGUCCCAGGGAGCCCAGGAGAAGGCAGAGAAAGAGAUCUCCGAGCUGAAUGACCGCGUAGGUCAGCUGCAGACUCAGAACGCCUACCUGGCCAGUCGAAUCGACGGCCAGGAAGAGGAGAAAUCUUCUCUUAAGGUGGAGAUCAGGAAAGUCGCUGACAAAGCCAGCGAGCUUUCUGGUGAGAACAGCAGGUUACGAGAUGAGAUCGAUUCGUUUGAGGAGAAGGCCGCCACAACCGUCAAUGACACCGAAGCCUUCAAGAAGGAGCUGGAGUACAUCAAGCGCGAGGAUGUGCUCGACGAAGCUGGAAGGCAGCGGCCCAUCCUCAUCCAAUCGACGGAGUCAGACCUCCUAGAGAAGCUGCAGGUGAAUGAGUUCCUCUACGAAGCGCAGCAGGCACGGAAUCCGGUGCCGCCCAUGAUCGAGAAGAUCGCACAGCUCUUGGCGAUGCUUCACGAAGGGCAGCAGCGAAGCGAUGCCUACCUUGGGGACCUCUCGAAGUCGAACGCGCUGGUGUCCGCCAUGCGCCAGAGGAAUAUGUCUCUCUUCGGCCGGACGCAGAUGUUUGAGUCCUUCAAGUCGAGGGCCCUCAUGAGGUAUGUCAUGAACAUGAUCGAGGGCGAGCGAAUACAUGAUCUCCACCUAGACGGUCUCAGUUUCGGCCUGAGAGAGAUCAAAGAGAUGCUCGGCCUCUUCACGCGCUACGAGUGCUUCGAGCAGGUCUAUGUCCUUAGCCUGAUCGACAACGGCCUCGAUGAUGACUGCGUGAAUACCCUGCUGCAGGUGAUUUUCCAGUUGCCCUACAUGCGCUCCUUUGACCUUCGAAGGAACUGCUUCACAACCGAUGGCAUCAAGAGAAUCGAGGAGCAGCUGCGUGACAUGGACGGAGUGACCGCCGUCAUAAAGACUGUCGAGGGGGCCAUCAACGUCCAUAGUGGCAAUCAGCUUCGCAUGUCGCUGGAUGUCAGUGAGCAGUUGGCGAAAGAGCAGCUGGCGAAGGAUGUUGACUUCACGGUGGAUCAGACGCUGAGCCACGCGGAGGCGGAUCCCUUCCUGGAGACUGCUGCCUCCAGGUCUGAGCACCUUUGGACCAAGACGGCGGCUGCGGCCGGCGGUGCCACACAGCGGCCUCCACAGAAGGCCGUUCCAGAUGUGUCCUCUGUGCCGCUGGAAAAGCCCACAGCUGCCCCGGCGGCGCCCGCGGUGGGCGGCCCCCCCGUCGGCCUCGGCGGGCCGGGCAACCUCGCGGCGCUGAAUAAGAAGAUGAACAAGUCGAAGACUUCGAAUUCAUUGCCCGAUCCCAAGAAGAGAGCGAAGGGCCGCGCGAAGGCGGGGCCAGGGCUGGUCGGUCGGAAACCUGGACUCGACUCCUCGGAUACCCCAGAGGAUGAGUUCCUCCACCUCCGCACCGAGCCUCGAGUCGCGGCCGGCCUCUGCGGGGACGCGUAG